AUGGCAACAAAAGAAGAGAUUAAGGAGAAAGAGAAAGAGGUCAAAAAAGUAGAAAACAAGGAGAAAGAUGGAGUAAUCACUGCUGUUUACAAAACAAAACUGCAUUGCCUGCAGUGUGCACGUGAUAUCAAGAGGCCUCUUUUGCGUACUCAAGGUGUUCACAGUGUGGAUGUUGACAUGGAGAAAGGUGAAAUUAAGGCAAAAGGCAGCUUCGAUCCGAUCGAAAUUCAGAAACGAAUUGAGAAAUUGGCCAACAAGAAGAUUGAGUUGAUAUCACCUAAAAUCCAAAUCAAGGAAUCUGUCCAAACAGAUAAGAAAGUGGUCAAGGAAACCAAACAAGCUAUUUCGAGGACAACAUCAAUGAAGGUAAACAUGCAUUGCGACCAAUGUGCGAGAGAUCUCGAGAAGAUGCUGCUAAGGCAAAAGGGUAUUCACAGUGUUAAGACUGAUAUGAAAUCACAAAUUCUAACGGUGGACGGAACCAUAGAGCCUGAGAAACUUGUAUCAUUCCUACAAAGAAAGGUGAACAAACAUGCAGAGAUAAUAACCGCGAAAAAGGAAGAAAAGAAAGAGCAGAUUAUGAUCAAGGAAGAAAAGAAAGAGCAGAUUAUCAAGGAAGAAAAGAAAGAGCAGAUUAUCAAGGAGGAAAAGAAAGAGGAGAAGGGGAAAUUAGUAGUUAGCGGUGAAUUAGGAAAAUCCUCUGACUUAAACAUUAUAGAGGUUAAGGAAGAAAAAAAGAUAGUGGAAGCUGCUAAAACUAUAGAAGGAAAUGCCCCCUAUUUCAUUCACUAUGUUUAUGCUCCUCAAGUGUUCAGCGAUGAAAACCCAAAUGCUUGUUCUAUCGCAUAG